AUGGCGGGGAUGGCACUGCCCCUGUGCCUGAUCCUCGCUGCCGCCCUGCAGGGCGGCCUCACCCGGGCCCCGGCGCCCCUGGCCCGCCCCGGCCCCCUGCUCCUGCGGCUGCGGCGCCUGGAGGAGCAGUUUCUCCGACUCCAGGAGGUGACGCUGAACCAUCUUCAGAGCAUCGCCAGCAACUACAACAUCUCCUACAACAUCGAUGGACGUUUCCAGGCGCUGGCCGAGCAGGCAGAGGCUGCUGACGCAGCCCGGGCCGCCCUGGGUGCCGAGCUGGCCCGCCUGGCCGCUGCUGGCCGGCGGCUACGGAGCAGGCUGAAGAGGCUGGAGGGGACAACGCGGCGGGGGCAGCAGCACCGGCAGGAGGAAGGGCCCUGGCUGCCCGCCGAUGCCGGGCCUGGGGGAGCGCCCCGAGAGGAUGAGGAGAGCCCUGAGGAUGCAGCACCAGCACCCCAGACCGCGGUAUCGAUGCUCCCCGCCGUCCCCACGGCUCCCCAGGAGCAGCCCCCAGCGCCCCGGCAGCCGGGACAGGGCAGGCACAGCCCCCCCGCCCCCGUGCCCGCCUCCCCCGCCUGUCGCACCGGGGCCGUCCUGCUCUUCCCCGACCGCUCCGCUGGGCACGGCGCCGUCCUGGGGCUGGGCCCGCACCGGGGGCUGCGGGCGGUGUCGCUCUGUGCCUGGCUGGCCACGCCAGCCCCUCGCCUCGGUGCUCUCCUCUCCUACGCCACCGGGGACGGGCACAGCGAGCUGGCCGUGCUUAGCCAUGGUGGGGAUCGCCCGGGCUCUGCCCGGUUCAUCCUGGGGCACGGGCAGUUUCGGGAGCUGCCGGUGGCGCCGCUCCUCGAUGGCAAAUGGCACCACCUGUGCCUCACCUGGUCCUCGGGCCAGGGCCGGUACCGCUUCUACGCGGACAGGAGGCUGCUGGCUGCCGGCUCCGGCUUCCAGCAGGGCUAUGGAAUUCCCGCUGCUGGCUCGCUGCUGCUGGGCUGGGGGCAGCACGGCCCCAACACGGACCCGGGCACUGCAGAAGCUUUUGUGGGUCACCUGGCUGGGUUUGCUCUCUGGAGACGGGCUCUCCUGCCCGGGGAGGUGGCCAGAAUGGCGACAGGGCGGGGGCUGCCCCGCGGCCCCCUCCUCACGCUGGCCGAUGCCUCCUUGCGGGGCGGGGUGCGGAGGGUGGCGUGUCCGUGCCUCCAGCGCUGCCUCUGA